AAUCUUUUCACACUGCCUCAUCUGGCCUUGGCGGAGGCUCCGUGCGAUGCCUGAGUGAAAAGCGUGAGCCAUGCCGGCCAAGGGGAAAUACUUGUUGAACGACCAGGAGCUGAAGAAUGAGGCUUUGUACCGCAAGUUCUCCUGCAUCAGCCAAUACCAGCCGCUGGUGCUGCUGCUGGGCCUCUCCAUGCUGUCCUGUGGGGUUCUCCUCAUUCUCUUCUUCGCUCUACGGCUGAGUGCGGAAGAGCACUGCGCCUUUGUGAGCGUGGUGAGCGGCAGCUUCUGCGUGUUCCUCGCCGUCUUCGUGCUGGUUUGCACCGAGAUGCUCUCCCAGCGAUGGAGACGUCUGCUGGGUCUGCUGGUGUGGGCCACACACCUCACCAUGGGCUACACCUUCAUCUUCAGCGGGCCCGUCAUCCUGCCGUGGGACCAGGUGCCUUUCUUCCUCUUCAUCAUCUUCACGGUGUACACCAUGCUGCCGUUCCCGUGGUGGUACGCUGUGGCGUUGAGCGUCAUCUCCUCGCUGUCCCACAUUGUGGUCCUCACGCUGCAUCUCACCGUUUACAGCAGCGCACCGACUCCUUAUCUUGCUAACCAGCUGCUGUCCAACGCGGUGGUCUUUCUGUGCGGUAGCGUAGUGGGAGCCUUCCAUAAGGUCCUCAUGGAGAAAACCCUCAGACAGACCUUCCAGGACACGCUAAGAUGUCUUAGCAUGCGCAUGAAGCUGGAAAUCGAGAAGAGACAACAGGAGAACUUGCUGCAGUCCGUGCUGCCCGUCUACAUCUCCAUGAAGAUGAAGCUGACCAUCAUGGAGCGCCUGCAAGACUGCAAGGACAAAGAGGAGCAGCAACGCCUGGUCAAAGACAACAACUUCCACAGCCUUUAUGUCAAAAGGCAUGAAAACGUCAGUAUUUUGUACGCAGACAUCGUUGGCUUCACUCGCCUGGCCAGCGACUGUUCUCCCAAGGAGUUGGUGAUUAUGCUCAACGAAUUGUUUGGAAGGUUUGACCAGAUUGCGAAGGAGAACGAGUGCAUGAGGAUCAAGAUCCUGGGCGACUGCUACUACUGCGUGUCAGGUCUGCCGGUCUCUCUGCCCAAACACGCCAAGAACUGUGUCAAGAUGGGCCUGGACAUGUGUGAAGCCAUCAAGCAGGUUCGGGAGGCCACAGGCGUGGACAUCAACAUGAGAGUCGGCGUGCACUCGGGCAACGUGCUGUGCGGCGUGAUCGGGCUACGGAAGUGGCAGUUCGAUGUGUGGUCACAUGACGUCACUCUGGCCAAUCACAUGGAGUCGGGAGGCUGUCCGGGACGUGUCCACAUCACGGAGGCCACUCUGAAGCACUUGAACAAGGCCUACGAAGUGGAAGAGGGCAACGGGCACCUCCGGGAUGCCUACCUGAAGGAGCUGAACGUCACAACGUAUCUGGUUAUUGACCCCCGGUCGAAGGAUCCGACGCAGAGCGGCCGCAGCGCUCCUAAGCCUCGAGUGAAUGACGGUCUGAAGAUGCGGGCGUCCGUGCGUAUGACCCGGUACCUGGAGUCCUGGGGGGCCGUCAAACCCUUCGCCCACCUCCAGAGCAGAGAGGGGUUCAGCUCGGACCCCCUGGUCAAUGGCAAGUCACUCUGCAAGGACAUCCCGUUGCGGACAGCACCCAGCUCCAAGAUCCCUGAGAGCUUUGAUGAGUCUGUAGACGAGAGGGUCACCUCGCCUGCCCCUUCGUUCAGCAGCUAUAAGAACAAAUCCCAGAAGAGUCGCUUUGAUGAGGAGCUGCACAACGAGAUGACGACGACCAUAGACGAGCUCAGCAGCAAGCAAUGGUAUAAAUCGGAGGAGAGCGGGAGUUUAGCUAUAUGGUUUCCGAAGAAAGAUCUGGAAAAACAGUACCGAGCGCUGGAUCUGCCCAUGUUCAAGCACUACGUCGGCUGUGCCACCUUCAUCUUCCUCUGCAUCUUCCUCAUCCAGAUGUUUGUCACGAAGGACCGACAGAUAUUAGGAAUAACGUUUGGAGCGUUGGUGUGUGUCCUGCUGUUGACCCUGGCCAUCUGCUUUGCUGGUCACUUACAGCGUCUUUUUCCAGAGAAGCUGUCCAAUUGCCAGUGGCUGGCUGCCGUCUCGGAGUCGGUGGUGAAGAAGCCAUGUGUGCGCCUCCCGCUGGCCGCCGUCGCCACUGCGGUUAUUAUAAUCUUGGCAAUCUUCAACCUGUGCUUCGUUCAGACACGUUUGCCGGAAUGUUCCAGCGAUGUUCCGGACCUUGGGCACGCAAAUGGUUCCCAUGAAGUGGGCCUACAGGAAGGACUCUUCUAUCUGCCUUACUCCGUGUACUGCUGCAUCUUAUCCCUGGUGGCUUGCGGGGUUUUCCUGCGGGUCAGCUUGGAGCUCAAAGCGCUCUUCCUCACCCUGGCCUCCACUGUGUACUACGUCAUCAUCCUCAGCACCAACAGGGCUCUCUUUGUGGCCUACGCCGGCGUCCUCUACGCUCAGAUUCCUGGGGCCGGGAACUGCAGCAGCAUAGAAGAUGAGUCCAUCCUGAGACUGGUCGGCCUGGUGAAGCACCCUCAGGUGAUGAGCUGCAUCUACAUCACCUUGUUCCUGGUCACCAUGCUCAUCAUCUCACAGCAGAACGAGUCGUGCUUCCGCCAGGACUUCCUGCUCAAGUACAAGAACCACACGGAGCAGGACGAGAUCGAGACCCGGGAGAACCUCAACCGGCUUCUGCUGGAGAACGUGCUGCCGGCUCACGUGGCCUCGCUCUUUGUCGGGGAGAACAAAAAGAACGAGGACCUCUACUACAAGUCAUACGACUGCGUGUGCGUGAUGUUCGCCUCAGUGCCGGAUUUCAAAGAGUUCUACACAGAGUGCGAUAUCAACAAGGAAGGUCUGGAAUGCCUGCGACUCCUCAACGAAAUCAUCGCCGACUUUGACGAGCUGCUGUCCAAGCCCAAGUUCAGCGGCGUGGAGAAGAUCAAGACAAUUGGCAGCACGUACAUGGCGGCGGCCGGGCUCAGCGGGACGCCCGGGCAGGAGAACAAUCAGGACAGGGAGCGCCAGCAGGCCCAGAUCGGGAUCAUGGUGGAGUUCGCCAUCGCUCUGAUGGGCAAGCUGGACGGCAUCAACCGACAUUCCUUCAACAGCUUCAGGCUGCGUGUGGGAAUUAAUCACGGCCCCGUGAUCGCCGGCGUGAUCGGCGCCAGGAAGCCUCAGUACGACAUCUGGGGCAACACCGUCAACGUGGCCAGCAGGAUGGAGAGCACAGGGGAGCUGGGAAAGAUCCAAGUGACGGAAGAAACGUCAGACGUGCUGCACAAGCUGGGCUACUCGUGCGAAUGUCGCGGCUUCAUCAACGUGAAGGGAAAAGGCGAGCUGAAGACCUUCUUUGUGUGCACGGACAUGAGCAAGCAGCAAGGCAUGGGCCUGAGCUGAGCCGCCGACGAGUCAAAGGAACUUUCCCCAAGGACAAGGACACACUGUUUACGUCGAACAUGGCUGCAGUACAGCUGCAAACCUGCAGGGGCGCUGCUGUCCGACAUUAGAGGAACUUUUGUACUUUGGAUUACACUUAGAUGAACAUGAGAGGAACGUGUAUGUUGUUUUUGUAGAUGUUUCUUCGGCAAGUUGGACACUCUGCUUUGUUACUGUGUAAUAAGCAAAAGCAACACGUUUCGGACUUCGGUUCGAUUCCCAUCUAACACGGCGGUUUCAUGUGUGCGGCGAGUCUACUUGUAGUCUAUGUUGGGUUUGUGCGUCCAGGUUCUCAGCGCAGGAAAGCCGAAUCCUGGAUCUUCAUGCCUCUUCAUUGGCCUUACCUGACCGCCAAUUGUGCUGCUUUCGUCUUAACACCUGACGCAUAUUCGGGCCUUUUUGUGUGUGAACUGUUCAGUCGCGGAACGUCAUAAUAAAUUAUUCAAAAUGGUGAUUUAAUUUAAAAAAAAAAAACGUUUUAUUGAAUGAAAUGUCACAACUGAAUAAAAAUGACUUUUUGUACGUUUUGUAUGUUUUAACAUCUGUAAGGUCACC